CCAAGAUGGCGCCCGCCCUGGUGGAGCAUGUUGUCGCGGACGCAGGAGCGUUUUUAAAGAAAGCUCCUCUCCAGGACAUCGGCAGGAACAUCUACACCCUCAAAGACGUGGUGGACGAGAUCAGAGACAGACCGACCAGAAGGAGCCUCGCGUUCCUGCCGUACCAGCUGACCUUCAAGGAGCCCAGUCCAGAACACAUCAGACAUGUCACAGAGUUCUCGAAGAAGACCGGAGAUUAUCCGAGUCUGUCAGCGACGGACAUCAAGGUUCUGGCUCUGACCUACCAGCUGCACCUAGAACACGUCGGCUCGCAGAACCUGAAGACGGAGCCGGAGGUGAAGGUGAACAUCCAGAGCACUCAGCGCCACCCGGAGACGCCCGUCAACGUCGCAGGGUUCCACUUGCCCUCCAAGAAACCGGCUGAGAGUCCAAACAUCCGGCCGACGGAGACGCCCGACCGAGAACAGUUCAACAGCUUCCAGUUCUGGAGAGAACCGGUGCCGAGCCUCGACGACGACCUGCUGGGUUUACUGGGUCCAGUGGACGUUUUAAAACCCACCAACCAACAGAAACAGAACAACACUCGGACGGCUGCUGAAGAGUUCAACAGCUUCCAGUUCUGGAGAGAACCGGUGCCGACCAUCGACGACGACCUGCUGGGUUUACUGGAUGAAGGCGGAGCCUCGCUGUCGGACUCCUCACGGGCAGAGCAGGGGGCGCAGCAACCAGACGACCAAUCAGACGACGAGGACAAAGAGAACGAGCCCGAGGAGGAGGAGGAUGAAGACGAUGGAGGAGGCUGGAUCACGCCCAGCAACAUCCGGCAGCUGAAGAUGGACUCUGCUGAUUGGACGGCUCCGGCUGAUGUCACAGUCGGGUGUCUGACCACCGACUUCGCCAUGCAGAACGUUCUCAUCCAGAUCGGACUCCACGUGCUGUCGGUGAACGGGAUGGUGAUCAAACAGGCGAGGAGCUACAUCCUGAGGUGUCACGCCUGCUUCAGGACGACCAGCAACAUGAACAAAGUCUUCUGUCCUCACUGUGGGAACCAAACCCUGAAGAAGCUGGCGGUGACGCUCAACGAGGACGGCAGCCUGCACAUGCACUUCUCCAGAAACCCCAAAGUCCUGAACUCCAAAGGCCUGCGGCACUCGCUGCCGCUGCCUCACGGCGGGAAACACGCCAACAACCCGCAGCUGGUGGAGGACCAGCGCUUCCCCCAGCAGAGGCUCUCCAGGAAGGCUCGGCAGAAGACCGACGUGUUCAACCCCGACUACGUGGCCGGAGCGUCGCCGUUCUGCGAGAACGACAUCUACAGCCGAGCCGCCAACCUGCACAUCAGAGACGGGCAGAGCGGCGGCGGCAGGCGGCGGGAAAACCCCAACGCCGCCCGCAGGAAGUUCGUCAGGAAGAAGUGAAGACACAGAUUUCACACCGUCAGCCUCCACAUCACCCGCCACCGGUUGUUCUUCAAGAAGCUCGACUGCUGCGUUCAAGGACCCUCAGACGUCUGAGACACAACAAGCAGCUACCGGACGCUGUUACUGAAGGAUUAAUAAAUUACGCUAAACCAGAAAUAUUAUCCAUAAAAUUCACCUUUUCUUUCUGCUUUCACACCAGACGGCAGAUUGAUGAGGUUCUGGUCCCGUAGUCUGACCGUUUGUUUGUCUGCAGCUGGUUUCUGGUCGUUUCAUGAAGACGAGCUGAAACCUGAAGCUCAGCGUUGGACUGACGGGUGAUCUGGAGACGGGAGCUGAUCAGAACUGAUCGGAGCUGAUCGUAGCUGAUCGUAGCUGAUCGGAGCUGAUCGGAGCUGAUCGGUGCUGAUCGGAGCUGAUCGGAGCUGAUCGGUGCUGAACCUGUGAAACGUUCAUCAAUAUAAUGGAUCUAUAUUAAUAAUCAAUAAAUGUUACCUUUGACAGCUUCA